AUGUCCUCCAUCCGGAGCACCAAUACUAGUCUAGCUGAAGACUUCGCCAUCGCCUGCCUCAUUGCUAUCUCUUGGUACAAUGCCAUCGAGCUGAUCGUCCUUUGCUUCACCACCUUCAAAAAAUAUGGCGGCUUCUACUUCUGGGCCCUGCUCGUCUCCUCGAUCGGCAUCAUCCCCUUCGGUCUCGGCUACAUCCUCCUCAUCUUCAACAUCUACCCCGGCUAUUUCGCCGUCUCGCUCGCAGACGUAGGAUGGUGCGCCAUGGUAACCGGACAAUCCCUCGUCCUCUGGUCACGGUUACAUCUCGUCGUCUACUCCCGCAAGGUCCUGCGCGCCUCCCUGGCCAUGAUCAUCAUCGACGGGAUCAUCCUCCACACCAUCGGCUGGGUCUUCGAGAUGGGCGCCCAGUCCCCCCGGACCGGAUGGUUCACGCCCGCGUUCGAGAUCUUCGAGCGCGUCCAGCUCAUCGGCUUCUCCAUCCAGGAAAUCAUCCUCUCAAUCAUCUACACCAAGGCCGCGCUUCGACUCCUCAGGCUGCGCCCGAGACGGCAGUACCGCUCCACCCUGGUCCAGCUGGUCAUCAUCAACGUCCUCUUCAUCCUCAUGGACGCCGCCAUCGUCAGCUUCCAGUACGCGGGGCUCUUCCACAUCCACGUGUCCUUCAAGGCGAUGGUCUACAGCGUCAAGCUGAAGCUCGAGUACGCCAUCUUGGGCAAACUGGUCCACAUGUCGCUCAUGUCGCAUUCGAAUUCUGCGCCCACGGAUCCAUCCGAUGCGAUGGAGAUGUCGCGGAGGACGAAUAAUCGGUCGCAUCUGGAGACGACGAGGGAACACCGGGAGAGCCAGGCGAGUAUCAUUCGUGAUGGGGCGGGGUUCGUCGAUGGUGAGGAUUUGGAUUUUUCGCGCACCGGCUCGACGAAGGGGUCGUUUCCGUCUACGGUCAAAGAGCCGGAGCCUGCGUGUGUUGAGGUCGCCCAUAGGGUGUGA